UACUAUAGGCGGGCGGAUUUAGACUUUCGCGCCCGGGAAAACUACAUUAACUGGGGUUUAGUUUAUUUAACCUUUUCCCAUGAAGAAACCCUGAUUAAUUUUCUGUAUUAUAUUUUCUCAUGACAAGAUGCGAAUUACAUGGAAUAGUAUUUAAAGCAAUGAAAAUCGUGACCCUGAUUGGAAAAAUAAAAUAAAUAAAUUUGAGCUGCCUGCUAUGUAGGAUUUGAUACUGCAAACGAACAAAAUCAAAGAAUCCUGGUCGGCUCUCGAAGGUGAUGGCAUUAGCUUUGGAUGAUUUGGACAGUCAUCUUGAUUUUUGUAAAAUUCCAGUCAUAGAUUUGCGAUAUUUGUCUCAAGAUGAAAUCAACUGUGCGGCACAAUGUUCAGAUGAGUAUUUGGACCUGCGGGUUGAUGAUAUUGUGGUCCCCAAGAUAGACAGGUCUAUUUUUAAUGAGAGUGCUGGUAGUCGGAAGCAAACUUAUUCAAGGUUGCGUCUAUCUCAGAGAAGAAAGCAGCAACUUGGUGGCGUUACAAGACGGAGAGCUGGGCUUCUCAGUGUGUCAAGACCCUCAAUUGGAGGUGGAAGGAACCAUGAAGGCGCAUCUGAUCUAAACGAUAAUAAUCAUAUUCUGCAGCUGCUGAGGCAGUUGUUUAUGAAAGGAGAACGUUCUUCUGUAUGUAAAAUUACUGGAGACAGAAACCAAAAAGAUGCAUUGGCUUUGCAGUCAACCCAUCUUCCUUCUCUUAACUCAGCAAGUGCCAGCAAUCCCUCUUCAAAUAGUACCCUUGACCAUGAUUCUGAUGUCAUAUGCCCACCCAAAGUAGAGGACAGUUUACAGCUGAUUGAAAGCAACAAUGUCAUUCAGGAUAUGCAGAUUGAGAGUUCCAUUGAAAAGAUAGAAGAUAAAAUCUGUGAUGAAGCUAGUGUUAUUUCGGAUGCAAAGAUGCAGCAGGCAUCGAUGACAACGUUUCUGGACAUGGACAGGAAUAAGAUUACACUGGAUGAAAGCUUGGAUAGACCGAAAAAGAAGCUGAGAACAAAAGAGGAUGCGAGAAGGAAGGGACAGCAUGUUAAUGCACAAGAAAAACUUGUGCUCAAAAUACCAGGGGAUACACAGAAUACUUCUAUGAAAAACUGCAGCUCCAUUACAACCAUUUGGAAUGCAGGAGCUGAGAAUGACAAAACAGCAGAUGCUACCACUGAUACCAUUAAAACAGUUGUCAGAUAUAUACAGGAUGAAACUACAAGUAACUGCUCACAGAGUGACCAAAUGUCAGCAGAUAUGAAUAAGACUGUGACACAAAAUUCUGCUUGUACUGGUGACAUUAAGCCUUUGGGUAUGCGAGAACCAUUUGUGCCUCAACUGAAGAGAAGAUUUCGAACUUUAGAAACAGAAGCAGAUCUACAAGUGUAUUUUGAGAAAUUGGGUGGGGAAUGGGCUUCCAAAAGAAAGAAACGUAAGAUUGUGGAAGCUGAAGACUUUGUUCAAGGGUUCCCUAAAGGUUGGAAGCUUCUAUUAGGUGUUAGAAAGAAAGACAGUCGUUUCAUAAUUGAAUGUCGCAAAUAUAUAAGCCCAGAUGGUCAGCAAUUAGCUUCAUGUCGUGAAGUUUCUGCAUACAUGCUUUCGAAUAAUGGACAGUGCCCUGCUGUUGUACCUUCAGAAACACCCUCUUGCCACUCUGCAAAAAAUGUACAUGAUUACGCGAUAACGACAUCUAGCAUGCCUUGUAACUCAGUGGACCCAGUGGACUCUGGUGGAGGAUGUUUCGAACAUUACUCUCCAGGGUUAAAUGACAUCGCCUUUGAUGAUGAGCAUAAAGAGACAUCAGAAAAAAAUGCUUCAAAUUUAACACUAGGAAUGGUUCAAAACAAAUCUAGCAAGGAUCAUGAUGUACCAACCCAAAAUAUGCCUGUCAAAUGUUCAAAGUGCAACAUAAACUUCAGUAACAUGAGCACUUUAACUGCACAUAUGGCUGUUCAUCAUGGACAAAAAGAAAAGAAAACACGCUCUGCUAAGUCCAGCAUUUCUGACGGGGUAAUCAUGGUAGAUGGUAAAUAUGAAUGUCAGAUAUGUCAUAAAGUUUUCAAUGAGCGUCAUCGUUACACUGGUCAUGUUGGUAUUCACGUGAGAAAUGCAAAAAGGCCUCAAGAUUUAUUGGGUGAAAUUUCCAAUGCAGCAGGCAAAUCAGAUCCUAAUCUUCAUGAUACCUGUGACAAUAAGUCUGCAAAGGAUAUCAACCAUGAUUCCUCUGUGAUUUCAGUUUCCAAACAUUGCAAUCAGGAGGAAAAGGCAGAUACUGAUCUUCAUGAUAUGUGUGAUGAUAGCUUUACUGAGCACGCUAAUCUUGAUACAACCAUGACUGAAGUUUCAAAUGACUGUAAUCAGCAGGAGCAAAAUGCAAAUUCUAAUCUUCUUGACAUCUGUGGUACUAAGUUUACAGAGGACACAAAUCUUGAUGGUUGUGUAGCUACAAUUGCCGAAUGCUGUAAUCAGCAGGAGCAAAAUACAGACUCUAACAUUCAUGAUAUCUGUGAUAAUAAGCAUACAGAGGAUCCCAAUCAUGAUGCUAAUGUGACUUCAGUUUCCGAACACUGUAAUCUGCAAGAGCAAAAUGCAGAUCCUAAUCUUCAUGUCAUCUGUGAUAACAAGUGUCCAGAGGAGGCCAAUCUUGAUGAUACAGUAAUUUCCACUUUCCAACAAUGUAGUAAGCAAGAUCAAAAUACAGAUUUAUUUUUGAAAGCAAUCCCUGAAUCGUCAUCACCCUCAGGAAACAAUGACUUUUCAUCUUCCCAUGAAGGACAAUUAUUCAGUGCAUUUGAUGCAGCAUCAGUAAAGGAUGAGCUUGAUUAUAAAUCUGCAGACCAUAAAAUUGACAGCUUAACAAGCUUUGAACAGUUUGAGAUGGAGUAUAUGCCGAAGUUCUCAUUUGAAACAAGCCAAGGAACAAACAGUCCAAUCAAUGAGCCAAUGGACUUGGGCUUAGAUUCUUCUGUUUUGCAGCAGGAAAUGGAGCCCCCAGGUCAAUUUGAGUGGGAAGAGGUAUUGGCCAAGAUUGAAAACAGUAAUCAGCAUUUUGUUUGUGUAUGGUGUAACCAAGAGUUCAGCCAUGAUGGACUUGACAGUGAUCUGCAAGCAGAUUCUGUAGGCUUCAUUUGCCCAAACUGCAAGGUUAAGAUUGGACAAGUUCAUAUUUGACAUGCUACUGAGUAGCAAAUAUUCAAUUUGCAAUGGAAUAAAGUGAUCUAUAUAUUAUAUGACCCAUUGCUCGCUUUUUUGAACAAAUAUGUGACAAUUCUUUAUUGAUCGUGAAGAUAUUAUUAAAAUUUUGAAGAAAUCUUCUGUUGUAGGGCAACUUCUAUCUGCAGAUUCAAAAUCAUAAUUUUGUGGAGGUCUGAGUGCUAUGUUUACACGAACUUGGUUGUCAUUGUCGAACUUCACAACACACUCCCUUUUUCCUCAAAUUUGGAAAUGCUGUAUGACGAACUUGGAACUUUUGUUUUGGCUUAAGCCUAAAGUGGACUAGUUCUGCAUUAAAACCCUCAUCUUGGGCAAGUUACACCAUUUUCUGUUUGAGAGAGUUCCUGAUAUAUCAUAUCAUUUUUCUCUUCGUUGGAUAUGUUCUCCAUGUUCAUGGAUUUUAGAAUCCCUGUUCAAGUUUCAGUAAAAUUGUGGUUCAUUCUAUCA